AUGACAGACCCGACCCCCGCCGCGGCCCCCGCAUCGGCCUCGUCCCCUGCCCCGGAGACCUAUGAGUUCCAGGCCGAGAUCAACCAGUUGAUGUCGCUCAUCAUCAACACGGUGUAUUCGAACAAGGAGAUUUUCCUCAGAGAGCUUAUCUCCAAUUCAUCCGACGCCCUCAACAAGGUCCGCUACCAGUCGCUUUCGGACCACUCCAUCCUUGAGCCCGAGCCGAAGAUGGAGAUCCGUAUCGUCCCGGACAAGGUGAACAAGACCCUCACCAUCCAGGACACUGGAAUCGGAAUGACCAAGCCGGAUCUUGUCAACAAUCUCGGUACCAUCGCCAAUUCCGGCACCAAGCAGUACAUGGAGGCCCUCGCCGCCGGAGCUGACGUUUCCAUGAUCGGCCAAUUCGGUGUCGGUUUCUACUCGUCCUACCUCGUCGCCGACAACGUCAGCGUUCACACCAAGAACAAUGAGGAUGAGCAGUACAUCUGGGAGUCCUCCGCUGGCGGUUCUUUCACCAUCGCCAAGGACUCCGGUCCUAAGAUCUCUCGUGGUACCUGGAUCGUCCUCCACCUCAAGGAGGACCAGCAGGAGUACCUUGAGGAGCGUCGCCUCAAGGAUCUUGUAAAGAAGCACUCAGAGUUCAUCCAGUACCCAAUUAACCUCCUCGUCGAGAAGGAGGUUGAGAAAGAGGUCGAGGGUGAGGAUGAGGAUGCCGAAAAGAAGGACGACGGCGAAAAGGUCGAGGAAGUCAAGCCCGACGCCGACGCUGAGACUGAGAAGAAGGAAGGUGAGGAUGACACCAAGGUCGAAGACAUCACUGAGGAUGACGACAAGGAGGCCGAGUCUAAGAAGAAGACCAUUAAGGUUAAGGAGAACGAGUGGCAGCUUCUCAACAAGAACAAGCCUAUCUGGACUCGCAAGCCCGAGGAUGUCACCAAGGAAGAAUAUGCUUCCUUCUACAAGAGCAUCACCAAUGACUGGGAGGAGCAUCUCCACGUGAAACAUUUCACGCUUGAGGGACAGCUCGAAUUCAAGGCGAUCAUCUUCGUGCCCAAGCGCGCGCCGUUUGACCUCUUCGAGCCCCGCAAGAAGCUGAACAACAUUAAGUUGUAUGUGAAGCGCGUGUUCAUCAUGGACAACUGCGAGGACAUCAUCCCGGAGUAUCUCAACUUCAUCAAGGGUGUUGUCGACUCUGAGGAUCUUCCCCUCAACCUCAGCCGUGAGAUGUUGCAGCAGAACAAGAUUCUCAAGGUUAUUCGCAAGAACCUUGUGAAGAAAUGCAUGGAGCUAUUCACGGAGCUCGCUGAGAAUAAGGAGGACUACAAGACGUUCUACGAGCAGUUCUCCAAGAACAUCAAGCUCGGAAUUCAUGAGGACGCUGCCAACCGCGAUAAGCUCGCUGCGCUCUUGAGGUACAAUUCUACGAAGUACCCCGAGGACCUUAUCUCGCUCAAGGAAUACGUCGAGCGCAUGAAGGAGGGCCAGAAGAACAUUUACUACAUUACUGGAGAGUCGAAGAAGGCCGUGCAGAACUCUCCCUUCUUGGAGAAGCUCAAGCAAAAGGGCUUCGAAGUUUUGUUCAUGGUUGAACCCAUUGAUGAGUACUGCGUGCAGCAGCUCAAAGAGUUCGACGGAAAGAAGCUGGUGUGCGCCUCAAAGGAGGGCAUGGAGCUGGAAGAAAGUGAGGAGGAGAAGAAGAAGCGUGAAGAGGAGAAGAAGGCAUGCGAGACUCUGUGCACCGUGAUUAAAGAACAUCUCGGUGACAAGGUGGAGAAAGUCGUGGCCUCUGAGCGCCUAUCUGACUCACCGUGUAUCCUGGUCACCGGGGAGUACGGCUGGUCUGCUAACAUGGAGCGUAUCAUGAAGGCGCAGGCUCUCCGUGAUUCUUCUCUAUCUACUUACAUGAGCUCUCGAAAGACGAUGGAGAUUAACCCGACGAAUGCGAUCAUUACGGAGUUGAGGAAGCGUGUGGACGCUGACAAGACGGAGAAGACAGUGAAGGAUCUCGUGAACUUGCUGUUUGACACUGCGCUUUUGACGUCUGGAUUUUCUUUAGACGAGCCGAACAUUUUCGCGGCUCGCAUCCACAGGAUGAUCAAGCUCGGGUUGAGCAUCGACGACGACACGGAUGAGGUCGAGGGUGCCAAGGAGGGUGAGGACGAGGAGUUGCCGCCGCUUGAGGAUGGUGCUGCUGCCUCCAACAUGGAGGAAGUGGACUAAUCUGUUAUUCGGAAGUAGAUACAUCCUAAUCGUAGCGGUACACACUAAAGGAUCUGUAAAAAACACGUUUUGAACACGACCAA